AGCCGUGCCAUCUCCUCUCUUCACAAGCUGUCAUCUUCAAUCUCAUCGUCUAUUCACCGUUUCUGCCUAAAUUCAACCUCAAAUUCUAGUUUCAACACAUAAAAUCUUCUAUAUCUUAGGUUUUCUGCUUACUGAAAUUCAUCGUAAACCCUAACAAUUUGAUUCAAAAAAGCUUCAAAAACCAUGGGGUUUCCAGUUUGGUACACAGAGCUCUUCCUCCCCAAGCUUCUGAUUCGUGUUCUAACGUUUCUAGGUCUAAUUCGUAAGCUCAUUUCCGUCAUUUUUCGUUUCGUUGGCCUUGGGGAUUUCUUAGAGCCCGAAUUUUCCACUGAUCCCACCCGAACAGAGUCGUGUACUCAGUUCCAAUCCGUCUCUGCUGUCCUCAUCCGUGAGAUCCUUCCGGUUGUGAAAUUUUCUGAGCUUGUAGAUCCGCCGGAGAGCUGUGCUGUGUGCCUUUAUGAAUUCGAUGGCGGAGAUGAGAUCCGGCGGUUGACGAACUGCCGGCACAUAUUUCACAGAUGCUGUUUGGACCGGUGGAUGGAUCAUGAUCAGAAGACGUGUCCACUUUGCCGGACGCCAUUUAUACCGGACGAUUUGCAGGAUUCGUUCAAUGAACGGCUGUGGGCGGCUUCCGGCAUCGCCGAUUACUAUGGAGAUUCAUCGCUGGUUAGUAAUUAGUGGAUAUUGAACAGUGGAAUCGAUUUUCUUUUCUUUCUCAUUUUGAUUUUUAUUGAUGGCAAUCGAGAAAGAGUUGUGAUAGUAGAAGUAUUAUAUAUAAUGUGUACAUAAUUAGCAGAAAGGAAAUGGAAGAAGAAACUCCAUUGUUGAAGGCUUUGAUGAAGAUCAUAGAAAUCUUUGAUUUAUUUUCUAGUUUUUCUGAAAUUGCUGAAACAAUUUCAGCAUAUAUUUGUAUAGAAAUCAAUGUCGAACUUAAAAAAAGGUUUGAUGAUAUUACUUUCCCUAUGUUGAACCCA